AUGUCGCAUUAUAACGCAACUGUUUCAUCACGUUACAUCUGCAACGCGGCGUUAAAGCGCUUGAACGCGUUCAAGCGUUCUUGGGGUGGGCCAGGGCGGGCCCACCCCAUGUGUUCAUAUCAAUCGCUUCCAGCCGAAUAUUGGCAAAACAUGAGUCAUCCGUAUUUCACGUCGUCGGUUGUUCAUGGAUAUGGUACCCCGCAUACAAUUGGUUUGUCUUUCACUCCUUCGAUGUCGAAUGAAUUUGCAACUCUGACUUUUGUCCCGGAGACUCAACUUUCCGACCGUGAAUCCUCAAUUGAGGUGGUCAAUUUAGAAAAGGCGGUUUCAAAUGCUGAGGGUACAAGAAAGCGUUCAAGUUGGACAAAGGUUGAAGACGAGGUCUUAGCGAGAAGUUUUGUCACUAUCAGUGAUGAUCCAAUAAUCGGCAAUGAUCAAAAGGCGGAUGCUUUUUGGGGGCGGGUUGCAAGCUACUAUAAUGAGAAUCUUUCCCUAGGUUCAAACACCAGAAGUGCAAAUGUUAUACGGUCACAUUGA